CGUCGUCCACAAGCUGCUGGCAGCCUUGGAGAAAAGAACGGAAGCAAAACUGUGAAGCUUUUAGUUCAUUUUUUUGCAUUGAACUACACAGCAGUUCCAGUGUCUAUCUUAAUGCUUUUAGCGCUUCUUGGUUUGUUUGUUUUUUUUUUUCCAGUUUUUGACUCCAUUGGCUUUUGCGCAGGGAAAACUGUGCGCGAAAAGUUUCCAUACGGAUACGAGAAAAUUUCCUGCCACGUUUUGAAGCAGCAUCGGUCAAUUUCACCAUGUUUUAAACAGUCGUCGUUGUAUUUUUGGGGGACUUUGUUGAAGAGAGUUUGCUGAACUUUUUUUGUGGGAGGUAUUUUCCAGUGUCCAGAAUGGUGCCGCAGCUGCUCAGCUUGGCCUGCUUCAUACUCUGCCUCCACUCUGUCAACGCAAAUGUACUAAAAGCUGAGGCAUGGUUGCAGCAGUAUGGCUACCUGCCUCCUGGUGAUGUCAGAGCCCAGGCUAUCCGCUCUCCCAAGUCUAUUGAAACAGCGAUCUCAGCCAUGCAGAGGUUUUACGGACUGACUGUCACUGGAACCAUAGAUACCAACACCAUAGAAGCCAUGAGUCGGCCGCGCUGUGGAGUCCCAGACAAGUUUGGUCCAGAGCUGAAAACUAACCUGAGGAGGAAGAGAUAUGCGAGGCAAGGUCUGAAGUGGGACAAGUCUGAGGUCACUUUCAGCAUAGAGAACUACACCCCCAAAGUGGGUGAAAGAGCCACAUAUGAGGCCAUCCGAAAGGCCUUCAAGGUGUGGGAGAACGCCAUCCCCCUCACCUUCAGAGAGAUCCCCUUCAGCCAAAUCAGGGGCAAAGUUGACAAGUAUGCAGACAUCAUGUUGUCCUUUGCCGACGGUUUUCACGGCGACAGCACGCCGUUUGAUGGAGAGGGUGGCUUCCUGGCACACGCUUACUUCCCUGGUAAUGGCAUCGGUGGAGACACACACUUUGACCUUGCUGAACCGUGGACCACAGGGAGAGUGGAUCAGGGAGGGAAUGAUGUGUUUCUGGUGGCGGUCCAUGAGCUCGGUCAUGCUCUGGGUCUGGAGCACUCAGACGACCCUUCAGCCAUCAUGGCUCCCUUCUAUCAGUGGUUCGAAACGGAAAACUUCCAGCUGCCGGACGAUGACCGCAGAGGCAUCCAGGCUAUCUAUGGUGUUAAAUCUGGAGUCCCCCCUCCUCCCCCUCGUCCCACAAGGCCGUCUAAGCCUGACAAGCCUGAUGAAGGCCCCGACAUCUGUGAGGGACACUUUGACACUAUCGCCAUCCUGAGAGGGGAGAAGUUUGUAUUUAAGGACAAGUGGUUUUGGCGCCUGCGUAAUGACAAGGUCUUACCCGGGUACCCCCGACCCACUGCUCAGUUUUGGAAAGGCCUUCCUUCAAACAUCAAUGCAGCUUAUGAGAGGAGCGAUGGAAAGUUUGUCUUCUUUAAGGGUGAUAAUUACUGGGUUUACAGUGAAGCCACCUUGGAUAAGGGUUACCCAAAGAGACUGAAAGAGCUUGGCCCUGACCUACCUAGAGACAAGAUUGAUGCUGCUCUCUUUUACACCCCGACAGGACAGACGUACUUCUUCAAGGGAACCCAAUACUACCGCUACAACGAGCAGAAUCGCCAAGUGCAUACGGGCUAUCCGAAGCCCAUCAGCAAGUGGAGCGGAGCCCCAGAUAACAUUAAAGCCGCCUUCAUGAGUGAAGAUAGUUCUUACACCUACUUCUACAAGGCUAAUAAGUACUGGAAGUUCAACAACCAGCACAUGAAGGUGGAGUCUGGCUACCCCAAGUCGGUGCUGCGCGACUGGAUGGGCUGCGACAGCGAGGAGCCCAAGAAGGGUCGGACGGUGAUCAUCAUCGAAGAAACGGAGGGAGGAUCCUGGGUGGCGGGCGUGGUGAUUCCUCUUCUCCUGCUGGUGCUUGUGCUGCUCACGCUAGGAGCACUUUUGUUCUUCAGGAAGUACGGCACGCCCCGACGCCUCCUCUACUGUCAGAGAUCGCUGCUGGACAAGGUGUAGACGGACCGCCGGGUGACUGAGAGACAGACUGCACAGAUGGACAGAGUGAAAGACAGGAGGAUCAUGAAAAAACUUAGAAAGCAAAGAGGACUGAAACUUGAUGGUGAGAAGAGGAGAAAGAUGCAACUGUGGGAAAGAAUGACUGAGGGAGAGGGGGGAUUAAAGGGGGACAACAUGUUGGGAGGUUUGCAAGUGCCACAAAAAAGCCCAUGAAACUGAAAUCAGGAAAUUAUAUAUAUAUAUAUGUAUUUUGAGUAUUUACAUGUUCUGUUUGAGUUUAGAAAUUCAGACUUACAUUAGGAAGGCAAGCGUUCGAUAGACCCAUUCCUCAUCAGCAAUUUCCUUAAAAACUCCCCCCAACCCUUCAUUUUUAUCUUGACGACUCCAGCUGAACUGCUGCCUGAUUCAUCUUGCAUUCAGAGUACUUUUUUCUGUUUAACUUUCCUCAGAAGUAAAAUUAAAGUCUUAAAAUAAAACCUGUAAUACAAAUUAAGCACAAAAUGACUUUAUUUGGUGUUUUAUCCAAUCAGUAUUCCAUCCAAUCAGAUAUAGAAAUACAGUUGAAACCAGAUUCUUAAUAUUCUAUAUGAUUAUAAUUAGUUAAGCCAAACUGACCUAAAACAUAAAUAACUUCAGCAUAGUAUAUGUCAGAGAACAGGUUUGUCAAUCAUAGUGGUGUAGUUAAAUAUUUUUAUUUUUAUUUAAGAAGUCUGCCUCCUCUUCUUAAGUAUUUGGUUGUAGGACUUGUCAAAUGUUUUGGAUCUCCUAUAAUCCUCUCAAAGUAGAUUGCUGGGAUUUUUACCCAUUUCUCUUGAAAGAACUGGUGUAACUGAGUCAGGAAUACAUUUUUGACCUCAGCCAAUACAUUUUCCAGUGAACUCAAACCAGCGAAUGAUUACAGCUGCUGUAAAAUAUGGACUUUUUUCUCUUAAACAUCUUUGUGAAUAAGCCAGUUAGUAAUAAAAUAAAUAGAAUAUAAAUAUAUAUUAGGGCUGAAACAAUUGUUUGGAUCAAUUGUUAUUAAUCGAUUAUUAAAAUAAUCUUCAACUCGUUUAGUAGUCAAUUUAUAAGGCAAGGCAAGGCAAA